AUGGCUGCAGCAAGGAAUCGACUGCACCUCACGCCAGCUCUUCUGAAAUCAGGUAGAUUCUCUCUCUAGCUAGAAGGGAUUCCUCUCCAAUAAAAUGGACCUAAAAUUUAUUAACCGAAGGCAUCUUUUAUUGCGAGGUGUUGUGGUUUCUUUGUCUACUAGUUGUGUCCAACCUCGGGUAUACUGACAUUCACACGAAAAGUGACAACAUCAGCUAACUCACGAGCUAACGGGUACCACCCCCAUCACUCUAUGUGCGAGAUUGUAGCACCUGCCGCAACUUCAAAGCAAGAAGUAUUUUGCAAAGAUAACUUGUGUAUUUCGCCAAGUAAAAUUACUUCGUGAUUGCUUGGUAACGACGUCGGAAGUAUAUCCAGUUCAGGAGAUCUGAAUGCGGAAUACAGUGUCGUCAUUGUCAUGUGUGAUGUAGUACAGUCAGAUAUUUGUAUUAUGACAGAUGGGCGCUCAUCGAGCAGGUUACGGAACACGCUCGUUCCGUUGUGCCCUGGGGCUCAUGCUAGAACCCUUGCAGGCAGUCGCACAGCGACUAGUAGAAGUAAAUGAGAUGAUGUCGACAAAGACAAGGUAGACCGGAAUGGCCAUUUCUGGCUUAAGAUUUACAAAACCCUAACGCGGCAGUUUUUUCAAGAAAGAACUUGACAACUCAAAUUGCAUCGAACAGCUGUUUCUAUAGUGGGCUCUGGAAGCAAAACUAGAAUUCUUCUUAGAAAAGUUAAAAUACCCCUAGGGCCUAUGGGUCAGUCACUUUUGUUUGGCUCAGACUUUGUCCUUGGUCCCCCAGAUCACUGCAGUCCCUAUUUUGUCUUGCAGAUUGAAGAAGACACGAUAUUGGUCUUUUCAGCGUAAAGGAAAGAAAGGGCCCAUAAUUUGCUGGUUGCUUGUCUAGACACCUGGCAAACACUGCCCUGAGGAAGAAAGUUCAUCCCGAUAAAUAACCGUUAGGUUUCACUUCUGUUCGCAAAGCUAGUUAAAUUUUCAUUCUUAAUAAUCGACUUGAUUCCUGCUCGAACAUAAACCAUUAUUUUCUAGGAGCUAAUCCCGACAGAAAGGAUUUUCGGGGUGUAACUGCAGAAGACGUCGCAAAAAUAUACGGCUUCAAAGGCUUUGCAGAUGAUCUCUUCGUUCGUCGCUGGUACUUGAAGGCCGAAACCAUAACUCCCAGGCAUCUUAAUCCGCCCCCGAUGGCUUUUCAGAUGUACGACUCAAAAUAUCCAACGUGGCUAUAUGGUGACUGUGGUCAGAUUUAUCUUCAGGUAAACGUUCAGUUAACAUUGAAUUCAUGAAAAGUUGUCAGAAGUAAUAAAUAGACCGGCAAGACCGCCCCUUUUCAAGGGCAAUAAAUUACUCAAAAUAUCAGCCCGAUAUGACAGUAAAGUUAAUGGGAGUAGUAUGAAAAACAAUACUGCUUGCGAGUUUGAAUAUAACAAAAGCUACAAAUUUUCGUUACGAUUUUUAAGCGUAAAACUAUAGAAUACCCAAUUAGUACUUGUGAUUUAAAGUGAUGGAAACGCAGACUUAUUAAAUAUGGGGAGAGAUUUUCGCUGUUUAUAUUUGAUACUUUUUUCAAGGGACCUAGUAGAGCCUAUUCAGGGACGAUUUUUCAGGACAAACACCGCGCACGAAAUUGAAAGUCAACGAAGAAAGUCGUUGCGACCCAAAUGAAUGCAUGUUGACUUAUACCAGCACGCUACGUUUGAUGCGCAGUACACUGUAGUCGGGUUCAAAUAUCUGAGCCCUAAAGAACUGUAGACAUUUGACUAGGCGCGGCAACCCAUUGAUUACCUUGUCUAAAGACUAGGUUGUAUAUAUUCUGAAGCAUGAGCUCCUUUAAAUGUUUCCACCUCACUGCUGAAUUCUCAUUUCCCGCCCCCAAAACUUGCAGAAGCUCACACCUGCUGGCGAAUACCUUGGAACAGGCCUCUCAGCUCCUCGAGCCAAAAAGACUAUGACGGCCGAUUCGACUUAA